AUGAUCACCCUGCCCUCCUCUUCAUACAGCAGCAUGAUCACCCUGCCCUCCUCUCCAUCCAGCAGCAUGACUAUCCUGCCCUCCUCUUCAUCCAGCAGCAUGACUACCCUGCCCUCCUCUUCAUCCAGCAGCAUGAUCACCCUGCCCUCCUCUUCAUCCAGCAGCAUGAUCACCCUGCCCUCCUCUUCAUCCAGCAUCGUGACUACCCUGCCCUCCUCUUCAUCCAGCAGCAUGAUCACCCUGCCCUCCUCUCCAUCCAGCAGCAUGAUCACCCUGCCCUCCUCUUCAUACAGCAGCAUGAUCACCCUGCCCUCCUCUCCAUCCAGCAGCAUGACUAUCCUGCCCUCCUCUUCAUCCAGCAGCAUGACUACCCUGCCCUCCUCUUCAUCCAGCAGCAUGAUCACCCUGCCCUCCUCUUCAUCCAGCAGCAUGAUCACCCUGCCCUCCUCUUCAUCCAGCAUCGUGACUACCCUGCCCUCCUCUUCAUCCAGCAGCAUGAUCACCCUGCCCUCCUCUUCAUCCAGCAGCAUGAUCACCCUGCCCUCCUCUCCAUCCAGCAGCAUGAUCACCCUGCCCUCCUCUCCAUCCAGCAGCAUGAUCACCCUGCCCUCCUCUCCAUCCAGCAGCAUGAUCGCCCUGCCCUCCUCUUCAUACAGCAGCAUGAUCACCCUGCCCUCCUCUUCAUACAGCAGCAUGAUCACCCUGCCCUCCUCUUCAUACAGCAGCAUGAUCACCCUGCCCUCCUCUUCAUCCAGCAGCAUGAUCACCCUGCCCUCCUCUUCAUCCAGCAGCAUGAUCACCCUGCCCUCCUCUUCAUCCAGCAGCAUGAUCACCCUGCCCUCCUCUUCAUCCAGCAGCAUGAUCCCCUGCCUGCCUCUUCAUACAGCAACAUGA